UUCCUUCCAUUUCACAAACAUAAAUAUAUCAGCUUUCUUUAUUUUUCCGUUCACUUCAUUUUCCUUCUUCCCUUUCAAACUCAUCCAAACUUUCAUCUCCACUCUUUUCCAUCAACGAUGUCGGUGAAAGAAUGCCGCGGUCAUGGAGAACACCGCCGGAAAAUCUUCCGACGAAUCAUCGCCGGCAUCCUAAUCUUCCUCCUGUUAGUCCUCAUAACAAUUCUGCUCAUUUGGGCAAUCCUUCGUCCCAGCAAGCCCAGGUUCAUCCUCCAAGACACGACCGUUUACGCAUUCAACGCCUCCACCCCCAACCUCCUCACCUCCAAUUUUCAGGUCACUCUAUCUUCUCGAAACCCCAACGACAGAAUCGGCAUUUACUACGACCGCCUCGACGUUUACGCCACUUACAAUAACCAGCAAAUCACACUUCGAACAUCCCUCCCAACCACGUACCAAGGUCACAAUGAGAUGAACGUCUGGUCCCCCUUCAUCAACGGCAACUCGGUGCCCAUUUCCCCGGAAUUCUCCGCCAGUUUGGCAUCCCAACAAGCUGCGGGGUCGAUUUUCUUGAUGAUCAAGAUUGAUGGACGGGUGAGAUGGAAAGUUGGAGCUUUCGUCUCCGGCAGAUAUCAUCUCUACGUUAGGUGUCCGGCUUAUAUCACCUUCGGGAGCAGAAGCACCGGCGUUAUGGUCGGAGAAAACGCUAUUAAGUACCAGUUCGUGACUAGAUGCAGUGUUAGCGUGUGAAGAUGAGGAUGGCUUUGGAAGAAGAUGGUGAAGAAAGAAACGCCGUUAAGUAUAUCGGUUUCGGUUAAUAUUUUAUUUUUCUUCUUUUAUACAUAUAGAGCUGGAGUAAAUUGUACAUUUUGCUAUAUAAUAAAUGAGAAAUAAUAAGAUAUGGGACAAAAAAUAGCAAAAUUUGCAAUUAAAUAUGUAAA